AUGCAGAAGGACAAACGGAAAACUGACUUUUGGAUCACCAAUAAAUCAAAAAUAUCCAAGGCUGCGCCAGGGAAAUACAAUGUGCCGAUCCUGAGCACCAGGAAGGACCAUUACUACGGUCCUGCAUCCUUCGGAUCUACUCAAGGAAGGUUCGACCCGAAAGUAGUCAAACAGAAGAAAAUUCUGCCAGGCCCAGGUGAUUACGAAAGCGAGCCACUUAGCCUAGUUUCACAUAACAUUAAAUAAUUCAUACCAGUCUGUAUUCAAUUCAAAGGUAGAAGACUCUCAAAGAGUUAUGAGCCAUUCUCGAUCAAAUUCAUUGAGCAACAAAUAAUGUCUCAAGGACAGUUCAUACUUCUCAAAUGAGUAGUAUUCAAAGAGAUGGCUUCAAUUUUAACAGAAGUUCAAUAAAAAACAGCGGGAAUUAUGUUAAUACUACCAACGAUAAGAUCAUCGGGACGAACCAACAAGAUCUGUCCACUCUAGACUCUAACGAGCUAGGCUCGUUGAUUCUCAAUUCGCCAAUAGAGAGGGUUCAGAAACAAGCAAUGAAACUUCGAAAGGGAUUUACUAAUAAAAGCAAGACCUCUCCUUCGAUUCCGUAUAAGAAACCUAAGAAAGGAGAUGUUUUAAGCCCAGUGAAGUAUAAUCCAAAUCAUGAAUUACUGCACAAAAAUACACCCUGUGCUAUAAUUAAAGGUCAUGAUAUUUCAUCACCCCACAACAAUAGCUCUCUAAAUAAGUACAUCGAAGCCUUUAUCGGCGAUGUGGUUGACUCCUCUAGUAAAGGUGAAAACCAAAAGAAGCUACUAGAGAGGAUCAAUAAGUUUAACUCUGAUGAGAGUUCAGCCAACCAUUCAGUCACAAACAACUCUUUGAUCCAAAGUAUGUCAAACCAUUUGAACACUAUUGUUGGGAAGACACAGAAGCAGGAAGGAGGCGACUCCUUCUAUAUAGAAGCUAAUGAUUACCACAGUAUAGCUCUUCAUACUGCUCCAAUAGAAUCUAACAUUAAGAUGAGGUCUCCCUUCGUGUCUAAGACAGAGAGAUAUCCUGACAUCAAGCAGUCCCCUGGGCCAGGGGACUACAAUCUGAUCCAGGAGAAUAGCCUCAACAUGACAGAUGACAUGAUGACCUCUCCUCAAGCUUUUGGGUCUACUUACAAGAAUAGGACUCAUUUUCUUAAUGUUGAAAAGACACCAUUUGGGAACCCUUCAUUCAUGAACACUCCAGGUGUAGGUCAUUACUACAAAGCUAAGAAGAUCCCCAAAAGAAUCCAGAAUGAGAUCAUCAAAGCCCAAAGAGAACGAGCAGUGGAGGAUGGAGUUAUGAACAAAACUGCAUUCCUAGGAAGCUCCCAACGCCCUUGCUUAAGUGAUAGGAAAACAGACUCUGUAGGACCAGGAAAGUAUGGUAUCGCUAAACACACCUCUAAGAGUGAGGUGAGGAAUUACCCUUUCAAAAAUCCUCGGAAACAACAGAAAUCUGUAUUUAUUUCAACAUCUCCGAGGUUUAGAGAUGUGGCUAAGCCUCCAGAGAAUGCUCUGAGUAAUCCUGCCUCCAUCCGGGAAGGCAUCAAACAAGUUCAUAACAAAAAUAACACAUCUGAUGAUAGCCAAACUUCACGAUGGAAGCGGAUUAAGAAGCAAAAUUUUGAAAAUAAUUUAAAAAGAGAGAAAUCUAAGCAAUCUUUUAUGUUCCAGAGUGGUACCAAUAGAUUCUUUACCCCCAAGCCACAGACCAUUGAGAAUUUAUCAAAGAAGGAGAUGAAGAAAGUUUCGCAAUAUGCAGCUUUGUUUGGACCACACCAAAAGAAUCUCUAUCAACCAGGACAAGAUCUUGACCAGAAAGAAGAUCAACCAAAGGGAUACACUCAGGCUAUUAACAAAAUAGUUGGAUUUAGUUCUGAAGCUCCUAGAUUUAAAUCUCCUAGUGAGAAAAAUAACCUAAUGCCUGGGCCUGGCUCUUAUCAAUCUGGCAAAUUUCGAACAGAGGAGGAUGUAUUCAAGGCUUUACAAGAAGCCGAUGGUAAAGCUCCUAAAAAGCCCAGAAAUUCACCAACGGCUGCAUUUAAGAGCGAAUCUCGACUGAAGCAUUCAAUGAUAAACUUGAUUAAGGAAUCUCCCGGCCCUGCGGACUACAAUAGCAGUAUCUCUACGAUCAGGAAGAAGACAUUCAACUACGAUCUUGCCAAGAAUAAUUAGCUCAAUAUUUCCUAAA